AUGUCGGACCAUGACGUUCAUUCAAAAGAAUACAACAAAUUACGAAGUACUUACAAAUACUACAUCGAUUCAUAUCUUGCAUUGUAUCAGCUAAAAACGGAAAACGAAGAAGAAUUAAAGUCAAUUUACAAAAUGAUCAAAACAGAAUUGAUUGAUUCACAGAAAUAUCCUCCCCAAAUAAUUAUGCGAGACAUUUUAGGUAUCAUUCCGUAUAAUAUUCGCUAUACAAAGUCAUAUUUAUUUCUUGCCAAACUUAUAUCUGAUGAUUACCAUGUCACAGAGGUCAACAGAGUUUCAACUAUUCCAAACUUCUUGUUUUAUAAAGAAUAUGGAAUUAAAUUAGACAAAUCUGCCGAUUUUGAAAAAAUUAAAUCAGAUAAUCUUGAAAUUCUUACAGAAGAUACAAUUUACAGAGCAAUUAUGUAUAAUGACCUUGAAAGAUUCAUAUACUUCACUGAAAGAGAUGAAUUUGAUAAAAAUCAAAAACUUAAAAGCAAUUUAUAUCCAGUUUAUUAUUUUGGAUAUUCAUUACUUGAAUUAUGUUGUUACCAUGGAGCAGUUGAUUGUUUCAAGUUGUUAAUAUCAAAAUUCAGCUCAGAAAUAACUCAAAUAUGUCUUCAAUUUUCAUUUUUAGGAAGAAAUGCAGAGAUCAUGAGUGAAUGUUUGAAAUAUCAGAUACCAAAUAAAGCAUGCAUGGAAUAUGCAAUUAUUUCACACAACAUUGAUUUUGUUACAUUCUUGAUGAAUGAAUACAAUAUAAGAAUCAACUUAAAUUCAUGUGUAUUUUGUCAUAAUCUUGAUGCAUUUUUAGUUUAUUUCGAUCAAACUAAUGAUAUAAACAAAUGCUUUGUUUAUACACCUAUAUUUAAUAUUCCAUCUCUUUUCGAAUACUUCCGUUUACAUUGUGCAAAUAUCAAUGUAAAAGAUGAAGAUGGAAAAACCGCUCUUCAUAAUGCAGCAUGGGGUAAUAAUAAAGAAACUGUCGAAGUUCUUAUUUCACAUGGUGCAAAUAUCAAUGAAAAGGAUAAAAAUGGAUUUACAUCUCUUUAUAUUGCAGCAAUGUUCAAUAGUAAAGAAAUAGCCGAGCUUCUUAUUUCACGUGGUGCAAAUAUCAAUGAAAAAGAUGAAUAUGAACAAACCGCUCUUCAUAUUGCAGCAAGGCGUAAUAGUAAAGAAACUGCCGAGCUUCUUAUUUCACAUGGUGCAAAUAUCAAUGAAAAGGAUAAAAAUGGAAAAACCGCACUUCAUUAUGCAGCAAGUAAUAAUAAUAAAGAAACCGCCGAAUUUCUUAUUUCACAUGGUGCAAAUAUCAAUGAAAAAGAUAAAUAUGAACAAACCGCUCUUCAUAUUGCGGCAAUAAACAAUAAUAAAGAAACUGCCGAAGUUCUUAUUUCACAUGGUGCAAAUAUCAAUGAAAAAAAUAAAGAUGGAAUAACCGCUCUUCAUUAUGCAGCAGAGAAUAAUAGUAAAGAAACUGCCGAGCUUCUUAUUUCACAUGGUGCAAAUAUCAAUGAAAAAGAUAAAUAUGAACAAACCGCUCUUCAUAUUGCAGCAAGGCGUAAUAGUAAAGAAACUGCCGAAGUUCUUAUUUCACAUGGUGCAAAUAUCAAUGAAAAAGACAAACAUGGAGAAACCGCUCUUCAUUAUGCAGCACUGUACAAUAAUAAAGAAACCGUCGAAGUUCUUAUUUCACAUGGUGCAAAUAUCAAUGAAAAAAAUAAAAUUGGAAAAACCGCUCUUCAUUAUGCAGUAAGUGAAAAUAGUAAAGAAAUAGCCGAAAAUCUUAUUUCACAUGGUGCAAAUAUCAAUGAAAAAGAUAAAGAUGGAAAAACCGCUCUUCAUUAUACAGCAAAGAAAAAUAGUAAAGAAACUGCCAAAGUUCUUAUUUCACAUGGUGCAGAUAUCAAUGAAAAAGAUAAAGAUGGAAAAACCGCUCUUCAUUAUGCAGCAUGGUAUAAUAGUAAAGAAAUAGCCGAAAAUCUUAUUUCACAUGGUGCCGAAGAAUAA